AUGACUCAAACUACGCCCGAGAAUGCCGCCUGGAAGGAAUUUCUCCUUUCUACACGCAGCGGCGACCUGGUCCCUGCCGACUUCAAGCUCAUUUUUGUGCCCUCUACCGCGGUCAUACCCGAAGUCAUCAAGGUGUUGGUGAAGAACAACAUUUCGUCCGUGCCUGUGAUGGACGUGGAGACCAACCAGUUCUCUGGCCUUAUCGACAUGAUCGGGCUCACGCCGCUCCUCGCAGAUCUGCUCACGCUGGUCGUCGCCACCGCGGAGGCCAAGGAGCUGGUCGACGUCUUGUGCCGAAACCAGGUCGACUGGGAAACCUUCAUCCAGACCGAGCUGCAGGUCUUCAGGGACCAGACCAUCGCCGACAUGACCAACAUCUCUGAGCGCAAUCCCUGGGCGCCCGUGUGGGAGGGCUUCCCGCUCUCGUCGCUCCUCGACAUGUUCUCCAAGAACGUCAACCUGCACCGCGUCCCGAUCAUCGACGGGGACGGUAAUGUGGUGGGCCUGGUGUCUCAGUCGCGCGUGCUGGAGUUCCUCCACAAGAACAUCGACAAGUUCCCGGACGCCGAUAUCACGGUGGACUCGUUCUGGAAGCCCGGCCACCAGCCGCUGGUCUCGGUGCCGAUCCAGGAGGACGCCAUCGUGGCCUUCAAGCAGAUGUUCGACUUUAGGGUGUCGGGCUUGCCGGUGGUGGACUCGGACAACAAGAUUGUGGGCUCGAUCAGCGCGAGCGACCUGAAGGGCUCGACGGAGGAGACCCUCUUCUCGGACGUGAAGCGACCGCUCAAGGACUACCUGGCCAACUGCAGCCGCUACUUCAAGCGCGACCCGAGCAGCAAGCCCAUCACGUGCACCAUCAACGACACGCUCAAGGGGGUGAUGGCCAAGCUCAUCGAGCACCGCAUCCACCGCAUCUUCAUCACCGACGACGACAACACGCUCGAGGGCGUGCUCAGCCUGUGCGACGUCAUCUCCGUCCUCAGCGGGCCGUGA